AAUUCUUGUUGUUUCUCAUUCUUCUUAUUCUGGGUUUUGGUUGUUUUCUCUGCCAAGCAAAACCCAUCAGUAAAGAACCAAUAUUUUUUUCAAGAACCUUUCUUGGUGUCUGGACUUGCAGAUCAGUUUGAAGGUUCAAGAACCCUUUUUUUGUUGUGGUGGAAAUAUGGGGCUGAAGCUUCAGUUCCAGAAUGAGUACCAGUCUCCUAGAGGAGGAGCAGUUGGUGCUCUUUUGCUGUUACUGUUUCCCAUUUUCUUGCCCAGCUUGUUCAGCCCUUUUGGUCAUGCUUCACCUUCAAUGCUCUCGGAAUGGAAUGUGAUGGUGAAGUCGAAUGCACAAGAAGGGAAUGUUCCAAAAUCUAGGCACCAACGGCUUCUCAGGAGCGCUUUACAACGCCAAACUUCAGAAGAAGAACUGUCGGCGUUGUGGACACCGCUGGCCAAUCAAGCUUGGAAACCUUGCCUAGAACCAUCAAUAGCCCCUUCAUUACCAGAGAAAUCUGAGGGAUUCAUCCAAGUAUUUCUUGAUGGAGGGUUGAACCAGCAGAGGAUGGGGAUAUGUGAUGCAGUUGCUGUUGCUAGAAUACUGAAUGCAACUCUUGUGAUUCCAUACCUUGAAGUGAAUCCUGUUUGGCGAGAUUCAAGCUCCUUCAUGGAUAUAUUUGAUGUUGAUCAUUUCAUUAACGUAUUGAAGGAUGAUAUAUCCAUAGUUAAAGAGUUACCUUCAGACUUCUCCUGGAGCACAAGGGAAUACUAUGCAACAGCCAUCCGAGCUACGAGAGUUAAGACAGCACCUGUUCAUGCUUCAGCCAACUGGUACCUGGAGAAUGUUUUGCCUGUACUUCAGAGCUAUGGAAUUGCAGCAAUUGCCCCUUUCUCUCAUCGGCUGACGUUUGAUACCUUACCUAUGGACAUCCAGCGGUUACGCUGUAAAGUGAACUUUCAAGCAUUAAGUUUUGUCCCACAUAUAAGAGCACUUGGGGAUGCUCUUAUUGACCGCCUUCGGUAUCCAUCUGACAAAAGUGGAGGAAUUGCCAAUCACCUGCUGGAGAUGACUAAUCUGAAAAGCAAACAAGGGAAGGGGAAAUUUGUUGUUCUACACCUGCGAUUCGACAAGGAUAUGGCAGCUCAUUCAGCUUGUGAUUUUGGUGGUGGAAAAGCUGAAAAGCUGGCUCUAGCCAAAUACCGCCAAGUGCUUUGGCAGGGAAGGGUCCUUAACUCCCGAUUCACUGACAAAGAGUUGAGGAGUCAGGGUCGUUGUCCGUUGACUCCAGAAGAGAUUGGGUUGCUGCUUGCCGCAUUGGGAUUUGACAACAGUACUCGUCUCUAUCUUGCUUCGCACAAGGUAUAUGGUGGGGAAGCCAGGAUUGCAAAUUUGCGACACUUGUUUCCAUUGAUGGAAAACAAAAAGAGCCUUGCUUCUUCAGAAGAACGUGCACAGAUCAAAGGAAAGGCUUCACUGUUAGCUGCACUUGAUUAUUAUGUUAGCAUGCACAGUGACAUCUUUAUUUCUGCUUCUCCAGGAAAUAUGCACAAUGCACUGGUAGGGCAUCGAACUUACGAGAACUUGAAGACUAUUAGGCCAAGCAUGGGCUUACUGGGUCAACUCUUCCUUAACAAAAGCAUUACCUGGUCAGAUUUUCAGCAAUCAGUAGUAGAAGGCCAUGAAAACAGACAAGGACAGAUCAGGUUCAGAAAGCCUAAGCAGUCGAUUUACACUUAUCCUGCCCCGGACUGCAUGUGCCAAGCAUGAGGAGACUAUUGGGAAAUUGAAGGAGGCUACCUUCUGUAUCUGAUUCUUGUAUCACCACAAUUCUACUAGUAGUAUCAGUAAAUAAAACGAUCCCCAUUUCUCUUGCUCACUAUAGGAUUUAUUUGGAAUAGGUACAAUAGGUGUUCUCUGGAUGGUAUUAGCCUAUUAGGUAAAAGAUAGCGUACGAGGGGGUUUGUAGUUGUCAUUAUGUUUGAAUAUUACUGGUUUAUGUAGGAUUACUUCCAUACAUAGAAAAUAUGUUUCUUUCUUCGA